AUGACUCCCACAUUUUUCGGGCCAGUAAUAUCCGGAACAAUAAACAUCGACAAAUCCCAACCGUCACAAUUGUAUAACAACAUUAUCAGCACAUACACGACACAGGGCUCCUUCCACGAGCAACCCAACAUGGACUACUCCGACCUGUGGAAACUUCCAGGGAUUGGCAUCGACGAACUCCAAACAAAUGAAGAACUUAACAAACAAAUAAUAGCAAAUUUUUAUUCAACCGUGCAACUUAAAAACGGGAAAAUCUAUAUACAAUUUCCUUGGAAGUCAAACAAACACUGCUUAGCCGACAAUUACAACCUAGCACUGAGCCGACUCCAUCAAUUAUGUAAAAUGAGAAUCAAGAAUCCCGAAUGCUGGGAAGAAUACUGCAACAUAAUUCAAGAACAAAAGGACAAACACUUUAUCGAAGAAGCACCUCAUGCAUGGAAAACAAUAUGCGAGCAGACCGACGGGUUUAUUUUGAAUCUCCCACGUACAAUAUUGAGCAAUUACGAAGACACUCAAUACGAACUUCACACCUUUGUUGACGCAUCGGCAAGAGCUUAUGCGACCGUCGCAUACCUGCGCUUAAUAAGCCAUCAAGGAAAAAUUACAAGCGCAAUUGUAAUGGCCCGACAGCGUUUGGCACCGAUUAAUGCGAAAACAAUGACAAUUCCACGAUUAGAACUCUUGGCACUUCUCAUAGGAGUGAGACUUACAAACUUUUUGUUAAAAGAACUUAAAUUGCAUAUCACAACCACCAGAAUCUAUAGCGAUUCACAGGCAGCCCUGCAUUGGGUGCAAUCCCAAACGAAAAACGGACACAAAGACGAGGAGUCGCCAGAAAGAGAAGUUCAGGCGAACUCAACGAUAUUCAUCAACACCUCACUCAAGCAAUUUCCCUCCACUUUAUUGACGAAAUUUUCCAACCUCAAAACAUUGCAGCACAUAACAGUUUACGACAAACUUCCUAAGGAUGCCCAAGAUAUCAUAGCCACCAAAUUACCGGAAGUAACGAAAAUUUCUGCGACCACACCU